AUGAUGUUUGGUCUUCGGAAUGCUGCACAAACGUGCCAGACGUUCGUCGAUGAGAUAACCCGUGGUUUAGAUUUUGUUUUCGCGUACAUAGAUGAUUUUGUAAUAGCCUCUGAAGACGAGAAGCAGCAUUACGAACAUUUAGACAUCUUGUUCAAGCGAUUUAGUAAAUACGGUGUUGUAAUUAAUCCCGCGAAAUGUGUUUUCGGCGUGAAGGAAAUAUCUUUCCUCGGGUAUUCCGUUACAUCGGCCGGAAUAAGACCUUUAGCCGAACGCGUGGACGCUAUUGUAAAUUUUACGAAACCCGAAACGGUAAAACAGCUCCGCAGGUACUUAGGUAUGAUCAAUUUUUACCGUCGGUUUGUACCUGGGGCUGCUAGAAUUUUAAGUCCUUUAAAUUCAUUGUUAAAAGGAUCGAAAAAGGGAAAUGCGUUAAUUCCUUGGACAGAGGAGUCGGAAUUAGCAUUUAAAGAAUCAAAGCGUGCUUUAGUCGACGCGACCAUAUUAGCACACCCCGUUCCUGGCGCCGCGCUUAGUCUAGCUGGCGAUGCGUCGAAUUUUGCAAUAGGGGCAGUCUGGGGCAGAUUAGAAAACGAGGUUGCCGAUGCAUUGUCCCGCGUCGAUACUAUUUCGGAAGCUGUAAAUCACAAGACGCUUGAAGCUGCACAGAAUAUAGAUAGUGAGCUUCGAGGUCUGUUAGAAUCGUCAACAGCGUUGAAAUUAAAGAAAAUCCGUUUUCCGGAUCAAGACGCGGAGAUUUAUUGCGACUUAGAAAAUAAUGUUGUGCGACCCUAUGUUCCGAGGCCCUUAAGGCGAAGUGUUUUCAAUUCUUUACACAACCUUUCGCACCCAGGGGUACGCGCAUCCCAAAAAUUAGUUGUCGACCGUUUCGUCUGGCCAUCCAUCAAUAAAGAUUGCAGGACUUGGGCACAGCAGUGUUUACAGUGCCAAAAAUGUAAAAUAACGAGACACGUGUCUGUACCCAACGGUUCAUUCGGGAACUUAGCCGGUCGGUUCGAACAUGUCCAUCUAGACAUCAUAACAAUGCCAUAUUCGCAGGGGUAUAAAUAUUGUCUGACCUGCGUCGAUCGGUUUUCCCGAUGGCCAGAAGCCGUUCCCAUUGCCGACAUGGAAGCAUCAACUGUUGCCUCAGCAUUUAUUUCUACAUGGGUGUCUCGUUUUGGGGUUCCUUUGCGAGUUACGACGGACCAAGGACGUCAAUUCGAGUCAUCAUUGUUCAAAGAACUUUGUAAAUUGUUAGGAUCACAGCAUAUACGUACAACUGCUUACCAUCCCCAAGCUAACGGUAUGGUCGAACGACUACACCGUCAGUUAAAAGGCGCCAUAAAAUGCCAUGACACGGACAAUUGGGUUGAAACCUUGCCCAUUGUUCUAUUAGGCAUUCGCGCUACAGUUAAAGAAGAUUUAAAGGCAACAGCUGCGGAAAUGUUGUACGGUACUAAAAUUCGUUUGCCAGCAGAUUUUUUCGUACCGACAAAUCAGGAGGCAAAUUCUAAUUUUGUUAAGAGACUAAAAGAUCGGAUAAAAGAUAUAAAACCCCGCCCAGCUUCGUGUCAUAAUCGAAAAACAACGUUUAUAUUUAAAGAAUUAUUAGAAUCACCGUAUGUUUUCUUGCGACAUGAUGCGGUUAAGAGUUUAUUGCAGUCUCCAUAUGACGGUCCAUACGAGUCACUGGUAGGGGGGUACUGUGGCGACAGGGAAAGUUCCGAGUGGGAAGCGAGGUCUGGAUUUUGUCAAAGACCUUUUGACCCGUCGAGUCAAUAG